AUGUCGUUCCUCACAGCCAUUCGCGGUGGUUCUCGCCACCUUGUGCAAUCAACUCGUGUUCUGCCGUCAACUUCAGCUGCGUUCCAUACAGCAAAUGUGCGACAGAGCCUGAAGGAAAGCGACAAGACAGACAGGGAUGACCUUGCAGAAUACUACGAAGCACACAAGGAAGAGCAGCUGAAAAGCACCAAAGAAGGAAAGGGGAAAUGGAAGCACGAGCUUGCAAGCAACAGCGAGGCCGAGGUCAAAGCCGACCGAGGAGAAUUAGAUCCUGAGGAUAAAGGUUUCCAGCAGAUGCAGGAGGAUGUCAAGAAAGGCAGGGGCUCGACCGGCCAAAAGGCCUAA